AUGAUACCAGGUCAUGGCUUAAGUCUAUUGUCGAAGACUAUCAUCAAGGUCGGUGGGAGAGAUGCUUCCAAGUUUUUAAAUGGUCUAGUGACAUCAAGGUUUUUACCUAAUGUGGUGAAGAAGAAACAACAUACCAUAAGUGAAAAUGAGAAUAGACAUGAAGAGCUUACUAAAAUCAUUAAUCCAGAGCAGAAUUGGGGGCUUAUGCAUGAAGAUAUAUACGAUCCAGAUAAUCAUAUCUCGAUUGGUAGAGAUGGGAUCAAUUCGAUGUUUCUUAACUCAAAGGGAAGAGUAGUGACAGAUUGUUUUAUUUAUGCAUAUCCAUUUCACAACCAUAAUGAUCUUAAUCCAAAAGAAUUUGAAAAGCCGAGAUACUUGAUUGAAACAGAUUCAAAGAAUAUAGAUGAAUUAAAAAGUUUAUUGAAGAUACAUAAGUUGAGUGCCAAAGUGAAGAUACGAAAAGAGGAACCAACCUAUUCUUAUUAUUACUAUCAUGAUAGUUAUGAAUUCGAUACAUUCUUGGAAGUGUUACAAAAUGAAUAUUUACAAGCUCCAGAUCCUGUAAAUGCAUUGAACAAUUCUAAUUCAUUUAUUAAAAGCGAAUUGUUAUUCAACAGUAAGAUUGCUGAUCGGAUUCUUGGGUUUUCCAUAGAUAAUAGGAUUCCAAACUUUGGGAUAAAGUUUGUGACUGACAAACCAAUAUCUGACAAAGAAGUUGACGAUGAUGCUGCUAUUCCUUUAAGUGAAGUCUUUUCUCCUAGCUUCAAACAACAAUUUCCUAUUAAUAUAACUACUGAGGAUGCCAUCACUCGAAGAAGAUUUGCUAAUGGAUUAUUUGAGACAAACGAUGCUACAUCAGGAACAUCAUUAUUGCCAUUCGAAAUCAACUUAGAUUUCACUAAUGGGUUAUCUUUGGAUAAAGGUUGUUAUGUGGGUCAAGAAUUAACUAUCAGAACCUACAAUAAUGGGGUCAUCAGAAAAAGAGUAGUACCAGUUCAAUUUUCCAAAUCAGAUCCAGAAAGCGUUGAACGAUUAAACAGUUCAGAAACGAUUAAUUUUGACGCUAAAGAUCCUGUUAUCGAAGAUAUCAAAUUUAUAAGUCAAUCGAAUGCCUUUAAGAUCGAUGUAACACCUUUGGAAGAAGAAAAACCCGAAAUAACCCAAGAAGAAACAACAACAACAGAUUCACCUUUUGCCAAAUCGAGUAACAUAACUCGUAGAAGAAAGAGUUCAAGUGGUAAGAUUCUAUCCAUAAAAGACAAUGUAGGAUUCAUCUUAAUCAACUUAUCAGAUCUUGAGAAAACUAAUAUGUUCAAGUUACAAUUACCAUGCUUACAACAUGGUGAAAAAGUCAUAGCCUUGAAAGCCUUCGUACCAGAUUGGUGGAUGUAA